GCAUUUUCCUUUUAAUGCUCAUGCAAGGCUGCGUAUUCAGACAUCACAGUCCUCAUCAUGGAGGAGCAGGCUAGCGGUGCGACUGAGGACGGCCUCUACGCCAAAGCCAAGGCUUCACCAUUUCACUUCAAGUCUGGCUCCACACGUCGCUCCAGGCGCCGCGAUAACGAGGACAAUCACGAAGAUGCCGACAAGCACAGUCGCAAAAGACACAAAGCAAAUCAAGAUGAGGAUGCGCGACGGCACCACCGACAUUCAAGACGUAAACACAAGCACAAGCAUCGCACUCAUGAUGACCGUCAUCCCACGUCCACCCGAGACGGCACAUACUAUGACCCCGACCACCGGCAUCGCGAAUCUUUGUUCGACAAUCUGGGAGAAUCAGGCGCAGCAUCUCCAGGAAUAGCACCCGAAGAUGCAUUUCGCGAGUCUCUUUUCGACGCCCUUGCCGACGACGAGGGCGCUGCGUAUUGGGAAGGUGUGUACGGCCAGCCUGUCCACAUCUAUCCCGAUGUAAAACGAGGCGCAGACGGAAAGCUGGAGCGCAUGACCGAGGAAGAGUACGCCGACUAUGUGCGCACCAAAAUGUGGGAAAAGAGUCACCAACACAUCCUCGAGGAACGUGAAGCGAAAGAGCGGGCACGCCAGAAGCGAAAGGCACAGCGCAGCCAACUUGACGAGGAACUCGAACGCGAGGAGGUAGAAAGAGAGGAUAUACGACGUCGUAUGGAGGAGAGUCUGCGUCGGGGUGAAGAGCGCAAAAAGGCCAAAGAAGCAGAUGCUGCUUGGGAUAGUUAUACGGCCAAGUGGGAUAGUCUAAAGAACGCUCAACACCCCAACGACGGAGCAGCCACCCAGACACGCGAUCUUAUUCCAUGGCCUGUAGUGUCGGGACAGGCAAAGCAUGUGUCCAAAGAUGAAAUCGAGCGUUUCUUGCGGGCUUCCAAGUCGUGGCGAGAGGAUUCUGUUGCACUGCUAAAGGCCGAACGAGUUCGCUGGCAUCCUGACAAGAUGCAACAACGGUUCAGAGAACAUAUUGAUGCGGAUACUAUGAAACUAGUCACCGCUGUCUUCCAAAUCAUUGACCAGUUGUGGAGCAACCGACGUUGAUGCGGUUCGAAAAAUGCACAACGGACACGGCCCGACAAGGUUUUUCACGAAACUAUGUCCUUAAAAAACCCAAUCAAAGAAGCGCCGGCUAUGACAUAGGGGUGCUUUAAUCUACAAAUGCAAACCCACCACUUCCCCUUCUUGGCAACACGUCACCACCGGUUGUCAUCGCAAGUCCUCGGAUCUCCAAAGUCCUUGGCGCAAUGUAUCUAUGACCGUACCACGUGGCUUG